UGCGCAGGCGCAUAUGGCGGCUGCCCAGGCGCCUUUUAAACAUACCGGAAGUGACGUCUGUAACGCUGAGACAGGUUCGGGGAAGGUUCGUGUAGGUGAGCAGGGCGGGGGACCGUGGUCCUGGGCCGCUAUGAGCUGCACCAUCGAGAAGAUCCUGACAGACGCCAAGACGCUGCUGGAGCGGCUGCGGGAGCACGACGCGGCCGCAGAGUCGCUAGUGGAUCAGUCCGCCGCGCUGCACCGGCGGGUGGCCGCUAUGAGGGAGGCGGGGACGGCGCUUCCGGACCAGUAUCAAGAAGAUGCACCCGAUAUAAAGGACAUGUCCAAAUUCAAACCUCACAUUCUGCUGUCCCAAGAGAACACACAGAUUAGAGACUUGCAGCAGGAAAACAGAGAGCUAUGGGUUUCCUUGGAGGAACACCAGGAUGCUUUGGAACUCAUCAUGAGCAAGUACCGGAAACAGAUGUUACAAUUAAUGGUUGCUAAAAAGGCCGUGGAUGCUGAACCAGUCCUGAAAGCUCACCAGUCUCACUCUGCAGAAAUUGAGAGUCAGAUUGACAGAAUCUGUGAAAUGGGAGAAGUGAUGAGGAAAGCAGUUCAGGUGGAUGAUGACCAAUUUUGUAAGAUUCAGGAAAAACUAGCCCAAUUAGAGCUUGAAAAUAAGGAACUUCGAGAAUUAUUGUCCAUCAGCAGUGAAUCUCUUCAGGUCAGGAAGGAAAACUCAAUGGACACUGCUUCCCAAGCCAUCAAAUAACUCCACUUCUGAAUGACAGCUGGAGAUUGUCAAGGAAGGAAGUUAUUAUCUUUCUAUUUGAGUAUUGUCCAUGUAAUGUCUUGCCUCAGACUUGAUUUAGUGUUGAUUAAAGGUAUCAGGUGGCAGUUCAGAAAUUCGAAAUCAGAUUGGCUGUCCACAAAACAGUUUUUGGGUGUGUUCGUGAAAAUACACACUGAGUUUCACCAUUCCUUUCUGAGAGACUACUUUUAAUUUUAAGUUCUGGGACCUUGAUUUAUAUAAACUGUGUUACCAGUUCCUUUUUGUUUGUUCAUAUCUCUGAAACUUAGAGCCUUUUAUUAUAAGCCAGCAAUUUUAUUUUAUAUAGGAUUGUAAAUUACAAUUCUAAAAAAUUUUUAAAAGAGAUUAGCUUUUUAAAUCUACUUGGCAUACACCUAGAUUUUUUUUCCAGUUGAGAAAAGUAAUACAAUUCCAUAGAACUAGAUUAGUAGAUUCUCUGAUUUGUAACGUCAUUCACCUCCUAUGAAGUUUUAAGUCUCUCUGGUGCUAAGAGUUGGCACUUUAUGACCUGGUGUCUUUACUCUUAAUUUGAGAGAACCUACUGCUAGUCCCCAAGAAACAUACUUGAAAAUAAGUCCACCAUUUUUCUAGUGAUAGUAAAGUCAUUGUAUUGUUCAAAGAAUCCUGAGAAAUUUGUCCCGUGUAUGUGCAUAUACACAUGUACUCUUAGUUAAGUCCUAAAGGUAGCUUUUAUUUAUUCUAUUUGAUAUUAAUAGUCAAUUUUUCAAUAUUGUCCUCAUAGAAAAUCUUCAACUUGGGUGAUUCACCCAGUUGAAGAGCAUACAAUAGGUUUAUUCACAUCAUGGUUUUUAAUGUACAACAUUCUCUUUACUAUACAUAGAACUUCUUUUUAUAGUUGAGUACCAUCACUUACUUGGAUGUCUUUCAUUAUUAGUACUGGCAGUUGGCUUUCUUUUUAGAUCCACUUUUCACAAGGAAGCAAAGGUUUAUCACCUAAUGAGAGUUAUUACAUUCAUCGUGUUGUGCAGACAACAAAGCAGUGUUGAGAUUCAAAUGCUGAGUAGUCAACUAGGCUCACUCAUCAACUCGUUCUCCCAUCUCAAUUUAGUCACAUGUGAAAUUUACAAAUUACUUCAUGUUAUACUGUCAGAUUAGGUUUGCCUAAAAACAAUUGAAAUAACAAAUCCUAAACCUGUCCACAUUUUCCAGUAGUACUAAGCACCAUACUGCAUAGGAGAGACCCAGUAUUAAAAAAAGUUUUUUGUUUGUGCUUUGUGUGAUGUAAACUUUCAUACGGCCAUAAAGAAUUAGUUCCAAUUAAAACAAUAAAACUUAACUAAGAUAUCCUAAAAGCAUCUGAUCCCAGUAAUACUGAAAUGACUUUGCCUAUAGUGGUGGUCUUUAAUAAUCAGGUAUUUUAGAAUUUGUCAAAUUUCUAUUCAAAGUCCUAUACAGAAUUUGAAAAAUACUACCACCCCCAGUGUAGGCAUUUUUAUCUUGUUUUCCAAGAGUAAGUAAACCUUUAGUCCAGCCAUUUGGCUUGAAGUAUAUACCCUAAGUGCCACUGUGUGUCCCACAGUUCCACUCAGGAGGCAGUGGACUAUACAGGGCCAUCAAAUGGCCCAUUAAAAUAUGACAUGGUGUCUCUUUAUCUGCCUUAUGUUCCUUUAAAGGUGUUUAUAAAGUACUUUACAUCUUAGAUAUCAGGAUAAAUGUCUAUGUUAACUUUUCACCCUGGCAAAUCAAAAGCUUGAAGUCUGAGUCUGAAGAGCUCUCAGCACCCUACAUAAUGUAAUUCUGGCUAGUGUUAAUAUAAAUGUUUCUAAUAAAAACUUCAUUUUGAGAAUAACAGUUAA